UGCCCGCGACUUGGGAGUGAACGCGCGUGAUUCCGCAGUGCGUUCUGGCGUGCCGUCGCGACAAUUUCGUUUCGGCUGACAGUUGCUGCGGCUGGAAGCGCAUCGCUUCAGCUCGAUCGCGUGUCGUAUUCACCGUGUGCGCGUGGGUAGCAAAAUUUUGACGGCUGUUUCUGAGUGUGUGCGGUUUGUCGUCUCUGCUGUGGCGGCGGCAGGGGCUAUGAGUCUGGCUGCGUGAAGGGAGAAGCGGAGAGGAAAAAGGAAGGACGAAGCGGCGAGAGGCUUCCAAGACGGCGCGACGCGCAAGGAAUGCGGCCAGCAUGGCGGUGUCGCAGGUGCUGUGGCGGCUGUCCGCCGCGCCUCUGCUGUUGGCGGCACUGACCGUCGUCCGCGCUGCAGACAUGACGCAGCUGUUCCUCCGGAGCCCUGAAGACGCGGUGGCGCCGCUGGGGGACCGCGUCUCGUUCGACUGCCGGCUGCGCUCCGGGGCGGACCGCAUCCGCUGGAAGCACGCCGGCCGCUUCGUGUCGCACGCGCCGCAGCAGGCGCAGUCGACGUCGGCGUCGUCGGCGCCGUCGCACGCGCAGCAGGCGCACCCCGCCCCCUCCGGCGCCAGCGGCGGCGGCAAGGGCCGCGUGCGCUCCAGCUACCAGGUGCACGUCACCAGCUACGACCAGGCCGGCGACUACCAGUGCGUGGCGUGGUUCGGCGCGGCGGCCCUGGUGUCGACGCCUGCACAAUUGCUGGUGGCUCGGCUGGACCCCUUCCCUGGUGGCGACGGGCCCAGCCGGCAGGUGGAGGUGCACGUGGCCGUGGGUGGGAGUCUGGUACUGCCCUGCCAGCCGCCCCCGAGUGUGCCACCACCCGCGCUGCUCUUCUACCGGGACGAACACCGCCUCCAGCCCAGGAGCGCUGCUGCUCAAGCCGGACCAGGAAGACUGCUCCUUACUUCCCUGAGUGAGUCUGACUCCGGUAACUACACGUGCGAGGCUGUGAAUGACAUCACAGGGCAGCUGGUGAGGUCACCCCGUAUCUUCUCUGUGACUGUCACGAGGGACCCACCGCGCUCAGCACCCCGUUUCCUGGAUGACCCCGUCCCACUGCGGAGGUACCCAGUCAGGGCAGGUGAUAAUGUGACGUUGCCCUGCUGGGCACUCGGACAUCCGACUCCAGUGACGAAGUGGUUCCGGGAAGGUAACCACGAAUUGCACCCCACGCGCUCUGCCAUGGUUCCCGGUGGACUGAUGCUGACAGGGACCACACUGGAAGAUACAGGGCGCUACAAGUGCAUCUUGGAAAAUUCACUAGGUUCUGUCUCGCUGGAAGUACUGGUUGAAGUUUUGGAGCCACCAGUCCUGGUGAGAGGCCCGAAGGUGGAUCGAGUGCAGCAAGGAGACAAUGUUGUUCUCGAGUGCGAGUUUCGAGGGUCGCCACAACCCAACAUCACGUGGGUCUUCAACGGAAACUCUGUGACCAAUGACAGCCACAUCACAGUUAUCAGAGGAAAUCUUGCCAUACAGAAUGCUGACCUAAAGCACGCUGGCAUAUUCCAGUGCUUUGGUCGAAAUGAGCUCGGGUCAGUCUUUGGAUCUGCAAUGGUGGAAGUCGCUCCUAAUGCUGUUAGCAUAAAUCCAGAUGACAUCGGAGCAGAUGGCACUGAUGUCAGUGAUGGCAGUGCUGGUGGCAGUUCUGGUAAGAAGUCAGAGGGGCCCCACAAAGGCACCAAGGACCGCAGAAAGAUCAACCACGGCCAUGUACGUAUGAUUCCUCCCUCGAGGCCGCAUGUCACCCGCCUCUCAGACACAUCGGUGAUGGUGCGCUGGAAGGUGACCCCGAAUCACGGUCUGCCCAUCCAGUUCUUCAAAGUCCAGUACAGUCACAAGGGCCAUGGGGGUUCGGGAGGGGGUGGCAAGCACCAGAACUGGAUGACCAACAAUGGGGACAUACCACCCUACAUACACACGUAUGAGGUGGACAACCUGGAGCCCAACCAGACAUACCGGUUUCGCAUCGCUGCUGCCUACUCCAAUGAUGACAAUAAACUGAGCCCCAACCUGCGGCACUUCCACCUGAAAUCGGACGUCGGCAUGCACCUUCCAGCACCGACGCUGUACAGGACGUCUGCCCUGUCCCCUACGUCCAUCAAGCUCUACUGGAAGCAGUCAGAGCCGGCAGAGCUGGAAGGCUUCUACAUUUACUACCGGCCAGCGAGCACGGCCGGGGACUACUUGCACGUCACGGUGGAGGACCCGCAGGCGGACACGUUCGACGUGGAGCACCUGCAGCCCGACACCACCUACGAGGUGAAGCUGCAGGGCUUCGUGAAAGAAGCUGCCUCAGCAUUCAGUGCCAUCCUCACCCAGAAGACUCUGCCUCUGCCCGUGACAGAGCCACCAGUUUCCGGAGCAGACAGCACAGUGGACGGGGCCAACAGUGCACAGGUGCUGGUAAAGACGGUGGAGGCGAGCGGAGCGGGCACCCUGUAUCUCGCUGUCGGCUGCAGCGUGGGCGUGAUCGUCGUCGUGCUGGUGGCGGCUACCGUCGUCUGGCUGCUCUACCGGCGAAAGGUCUCUGCGAGGGCUGGAGAGCGAGGGAGUGAUAGCCGGGACAAAUUCCCAGAGAUCACGGCGGUUGCCAAGGGCGGGCGCGGGGGUGGCCAGCAGAACGGCCGACCCCCGCAGCGGCUGCCGCAGACACAGCAACCGCUGGCCAACGGGAAGCUCACCAUCACCACGAAUCCCCUGGCAGAGGCCGAGGAUGAGAGCCUGAUGGAGGCAGCGCGCAGCCAGAACAACAACUGCGAGGGCGUGGACCCGGCCACGGGGGCGUCGGUCCCUGCUGGCUCCACGGAGCUCGCCUGCUGGCGGCAGCAACAACAGCAGCAGCCACAAGCGCCGAUCCCGUACUCGUCCUCGAAUCUUCCCCCAGAAAACUACGUGUGAGCACCCGAAGCUGUCAUCACAUUUGUAGCAUACAGACACACUUGUAGAUGCAAAUAGUGAGACUGCUUCAGUACCGUCAUUUCAGAAAGUGCUGUAAGAAAAAAAAGUACCUGCGAUACCUUAGUGAUGCAGUGUGGUGCAGAUCACUUGAAUGUGUAAUGUCUGUGGCUUUCCCUUGGUGCACUGUGGAUGUACACUUAUCACCAGACAUGUGGUGUAUCCGUAAGAAAUGAAGACUAUGAAUACAGUGCAUUGCUCCUUUAGUAGCUUCUAUUUUGGUAAAAUAGUUAACAGCCAUAACUCCGUCCUGAAACUAAUCUCUUCCUACUGCAGUAACAUGGCCAGUGCCGUGGGCUGGAAGGUGCUUGCGAUUUGUGAAGGACACCUUUUUCUGGUGCUACACCUAUCAGACUUCAGCUUUCAGCUUAUUUACUCGAGAAGAGAGACUGAACCCAUGCCCACAGAUCCAGUUUGUGGGCAGCGUACAAAUGUCUUGUGUUCUUUACUAAACUGGAAUGUGUACAAUUUAUUUCAUUGUGUAACUCUUUUAUCAUGAAAUGUUUUUAGCUUGUGCCUGGUAUCCCCUUGUCGCAGUAGAGACUGUGGGGGGGGGGACUCCCUUUCAAAAUUUCACUAUUUAAAGAUAUCACACUUUCUUACUUCAGACAAUUAUUAAAUUGAGACUUGCUCAUCCUUCCCUAUAUUAUCCAGUGGGGGUUGGGGUGGGGAAUCAGUGGAGUAGAGUAUACAGAGGAAUCAAGCAGUUAAAUUCUAUCUCCAGCGAUUUUUUUGCAUCCACGAAUCAUGAUUCACUGAACCCAAAGAAUCGUAAGAAGUAAAGAGGAAGAGAGAAGAAAAAUGUUUGUUGAAUGCACAAUUCAGAAAUUAGAAGUAGUUGUGAGAGGGGUCAAUCUAAAAGUAGAGACAUGUUUAUUCAAGAUAAUGAAAGAGAAAUUAAUUUACAACAUAUUUUGGUAUCUUAGCUGUUUUUCUAUGUACCACUAUUCGAAUUUAAACAUUCAUUGUAGUGCUACACAAGCUUUCUGCACACUCAGUUGCUGUUAAAUUACUGACUGUCUCAUUAGCAUUAUCUUUCUGUUUACUGUUAUUUCCAUAGUGCUUUUCGCAAAAAAAAAAAAAAAAAAAAAUGCUUCAAUUUCAGAUAAACUUGGUAAUCACUUGGGGCCAAGUCUGGACUAUAAGGAGAAUGUCCAAAAACUUCACACUGUGCCUACAUAACUAUAGGUCAGUUAGGUGGUUCUUCAUUAAAAGUAUUUGUUCAUCCAGCAUUAAACACGUUACACCAUUUUCGAACUGAAGUUUUAUUCAUAACAUUUCCAAGAAGUCCAGUUAUCUGUGCAUACAUUUUGAUGAGGGCAGAUUUUUUUUGCAUUCAGAAACCAUAAUACACUAUGAGCCUCACACUUGGUGGCACAGUUACUUUUGUCACACAUUUUAGAAUCGGACAACUAAGCAGUAAACAGUUGUUCCCGCUUUUUCUUAGCAUCACACUGGAGCCAAU